UUUUUUUUACUUGGGUAUUUGUUCAAAAAAGAAAUGCGUAUAUACAUGCCUAUUUAUAUUUUAUUUCACAUAUAAAAAUGGUCCCUGGAUGAGUAGGAACUUGUGAUUUGACAAGGGCAAAAGCGCCGGGAAACAUCUGCGCGUGUCUUUGACUGCCAGCCACAGUCAAAUCCUUGCAUGUUUUGACUCAAAAACCAGGCACAAACCUGGCCUGAAAGCAUGAUGGAACAGCCGACGGUCAGUUUGAGUCUCUGAUUGGACGCGAGAUGGAACGAACCUAAUGUUUGCUGACACUGUAUUUAUUGCUAAAUGAUAGGAGGUGUAACUAUGAAUCCAAUUCCAAGCAACAAUAUCACCGUUGUCAGAACAGCCCAGGUAAUGGUUGGUCCAAAUCCAAUCCAAACAACUUGUCCAGGUUGUGAAAAAUUUAUUAUGUCAAGGAUCUCAAAGAAAAACAAUGUGGGAAAAUAUGUUUGCUGCCUGUUUUUGUUUUUAUCGGGCGUCUGCCUACCUUGCGCAUGCAUCCCUCUUUGUGUUUGGUCUCCAGUGAAAACCAGUCAUUUCUGCCCAAAUUGCAAAGCCUUCCUUGGUAUGUAUGUCGCUUAGCACAUUAUCUGUAUUCAAAAUACAAAACUACAUUAAGUUUAUAUAAAGUAUGACAUCAAUAAAUUUUUGCAUUUGUCAAUAAGAUCAAAAUUUUAAAGUUUAAUCAACAAUUUUUGUAUUUGAGAUAAGUUCAUAUUUGAUAGUGUAAUGUUAAUUUUAAUGUUUUAUAUUUUUCAUAAUCCCUUGUAUUCUAAUUAAAAAAAUAUAUUUGUAGAAAAAU